AUAUAUUAAAAAAAUUAUAUAUUAAAACAUUUCAAUUUUUCUUAUAUCAUUUAGGCAUAUAAAUUGUAUCGUUUGGAUAAAGGACCACCGGACAAAGCCACGAUGAAUGAAGAUGACAUUCUUUACGCAUUGAAAGCGAUGCACUAUAUCAGACGAAUAGAAAGCAAAGCGGCAGAAAUGUACAGAUUGCGUUUCAUCUAUGGUUUUCUUCAUUUAUAUAUUGGUCAGGAAGCAAUAGCCACUGGUAUGAAACCGGCGAUAUCGGAUAAAGACACUUUGAUCACAUCUUAUCGAUGUCAUGGUUUUGCGGUGGUAUUUGGCAUAUCGGCACGAGACAUUUUUGCGGAAUUAAUGGGUCGAAAAACUGGAACUUCGAAAGGAAAAGGUGGUUCCAUGCAUAUAUACGGAGACAAAUUUUAUGGAGGCGAAGGAAUCGUUGGUGGUCAGCUACCGAUCGGUACUGGAUUAGCAUUUGCUCAGAAAUAUAAUAGUACAGGCGGUAUUGCUUGGGUAAUCUAUGGAGAUGGUGCUGCGGACCAGGGUCAAACCUUCGAAGCAUAUAAUUUGGCAAAAUUGUGGAGUCUCCCGGUGGUAUAUGUAUGUGAGAAUAAUAAAUACAGUAUGGGAACGGCAACAUAUAGGCAUUCAGCGAAUACUGAUUAUUACACGCGAGGGGAUCUGAUUCCAGGUAUACAGGUAGAUGGAAUGAAAGUAUUAGAUGUUCACGAAGCUGCAAAAUUCGCGAAAGAUUACGCUCUACGAAAAGGUCCUAUUAUUCUCGAAAUGGUCACAUAUCGAUACUAUGGACAUAGCAUGAGCGAUCCUGGUACUUCUUACCGUACCAGAGAGGAAGUGAAAUUGGUACAAGCCAAACAAGAUCCUAUUAAUUGGUUAACCAAACAGAUAAUUGAUAACGGUCUGAAAACUCAAGCAGAAGUUGAAGAAAUUACAAAGAAUACAUACAAAAUCGUAGAUGAAGAAUUAGAAAUAGCUAAGAAGGAUCCAUCACCAGAUGUAACGGACGUUGGAAAAAAUCUUUACACAAAACCAUUGGAAAAAGUACGUGGUAAAGCACCUUGGGAGAAUUGGUAAAUUUAUCGAGAAAAUAGAACUAAAUCUUUCGUUUACGAAUUGUUUUAAAUAUUUAUAUAUAGAAAUAUUUAUAUGUAGAUAUUCAAUGUCUUUGUAUCGAAUGAUAAUUGUAAUUUUUUUUAAUUUUCCGGAUGUUUUUGAUAUCUCUUUAAUGAUUGAAUACUUGAUUAAAAUAAACUAGUAUUUAAUCGAAACAUCUUAUAUUUUAUUAAACAUCUUUGAUAUUUGAAAAUAUAUCAAAGAUUCGAUCGAACAAAUGUUAAAUUAAAUAUUGAAUAAAAAAAAAAAUUUAUAAAAUUCAUAAAUGAAGAUAGAAAUACGACUGUAGAGUCUGUGUUAUGCGAAUGACUGUGUUUAUUUCUUGCUCGUUUUCUUGCUCCGACAAUUGGAAUGAUCAAUUAAACCAUAUCGCACUGCGUUGCGAUCGAGAAAAGGAAAGAGUCUGAAGGAAGAGUAAGAAGAUAUUAUGACUGCGACGAAGACAAAAGAUUAUUAAAGCAAAAAAGAACGAUUGAGGAGAGUGAGUCAAUGGUUCAUAGGAACAUUGUUGUAGUAUAAGACAGUACUAAAGUAAUAAAGGAAGGAGGGGACUAAAAGAGAGAGAAAAAAGAAAACAGAGAGAGAGAGAGAGAGAGAGAGAAGUAGACAGAUUCCAGUGACUAGCGACAGCGAGACAGUCUUUGCGGGAGCCGCCUUCAGUUGCUCCCACGUGCAGUUCAGCUCGUUGAAUUUUAACGAGUUAAAUAUUAAGAAGCAAUUGUACGAUUUCUGUUAAAGAAAGAUAUUUUUUAAAAAUAUAUCUCUUAAGAAAAAAAAGUAAUUGUUUAAAAUAACAAG